AUGCGUGCCACCACCGCUCUCCUCCUCGUUGGCGGGCUCGCUAGCACCGCCCUCGGUGCCGCCACCAAGAUGUUCAGCGACGAGAACUGUGAGACCGAGAUCACCGGUUCGAAGGUGGUGUUCAACGGGUUUGCCACCGGCGAUGCCAUCAUCCCGCCCGAAGCCAAGGCCAUUAAAGUUGACUCUAGGUCCGAUGUUUGGAGUGCCUACCAGGGAAAAGAAGGGGACGGCUGCUUUGGAAAACUCUUUGGGUCCCUCAAGAAUGAAGAGUGCGUCAAGUUGGGCCCUGAAAAUGGCAUUGUCUGCACCCGUCUAUGUUCCGGGGGGCUGGGAGGGGGCAAUUGCGCGCCGACAGAGAUCACAGACAAGGAUGAGUAG